CCCUGGGCCCCUUCGGUCUCGACCCGCGAGCAUCCAUCUGGUCCGUUUACUGGCGCGGGGUCGGGAGCGUGUCGUCUGAGGUGUCCUGUGCGUCCGCCGGGUCGCGGCACGCGGAGAGAUGCGCGGACCCGCGCGGAGGACUCCGAGCCCCAGCUGUCCGACGACGACGACAAGGACAGCGUGGCGAGCGACUCGAGCAGAAAGGCGAAUCCCGGCGGGAGCAAGAAGCCCCCGGGUCGCCGUGGACUCUGCAAGGGGAAGCAGCCGGCGGACACGGACACGGAGGACGACGAGGGCAGCAGGAGCAGAAGCAAGAAGGCCAGCGCGAAGAAGAGAGAACAGCAAAGGAAGGGCGGCUGCCUGAGCGGGGGAGGCAAGAGCAAAGGUCCUCCAGCGCUGAACUACGAGCAGUGGCGGAAGUGGUUGGCGCAGUCCGACCUUUUGCCGCCGGAGUGGGCCGAGGCCCUGGACGUGACGGUGGCGACGGUAGAGUCGUCCGCGAUGGAGCUUCGGACGGAGGAGGUGCGCACAGACCCGCUGGACUCCGCCCCGCUCGACUCCUGCAGCGAAGGUGGAGACGACUCGCCAACGCCACGGGUGCGCGGGGCGACGCCUCCAACCGAUAAGGCCCCUGCUCAUGGCCCAGGCCUCGCGGUGACCGCCCCUCGCGAUGCCGCCCCUCGGUCCCUUGCUCCACCGCUGGCCUGUGGCAAGUUCUGGACUUGGGCAACGGUCUUCAGAUUCAGAGCAGAACCUUGGCCUGCCUAACCCUCCGCUCUGGAACCUUUGGAUUCCGCCGAGGUUCUUUUUGCCAAGGUUCUGCUUGUCAGGGGGGGAAAGGCACGGGACAAGGGUCUUUGCAUCUUCGUUCCCCUCCCUGAUGGAAGACCGUUGGCCUGAAUCCCACAGAAGCUCUAGACCUCAGGCAAUGUGUCUACGGUCUACCUUGUCCUUCUUUCGUCGCACCAUCUUGGCGGGGUGCUGGGAGAUUCGAUGCAGCGACGAUGGAA